UUAGAACAAUGGUAAAAUAUACGCCUAAGUAUAUAUGGACAAACGAAAUAAAUUAUUAUGUGAAUAAAAAUAACAGAGCCAAUUUUUCAGAUACUACUACACUUGUCUUCCUUCUCUGCUCUCAAAGACUCCAACUAAGCGUUGGUUCAUAUCGAAGAGAAGUAGUUCUACCGCGGGACUACGUUUCUCAUUGAUGCACCGCGUAUUCUUUGCUCAAUGUCGGAAAUACUAUUACAGUCACGCAAUUGCAGCGAAUUCUCAGAUUUGUCGUUUAGCUCGUUUGGGCCAAAUUCAGAAUGCCCGAAGGGUGUUCGACGAAAUGUCCGACAAAACUGUAACUUCUUGGAACUCUAUAGUCGCUGGAUAUUUCCAAAAUCAGCAACCCUAUGAAGGCCAGCGUCUUUUUGAUCAAAUGCCUGAGAGAAACAUUGUUUCCUGGAAUGGGUUAAUCUCAGGUUAUGUAAAGAAUGGGAUGGUGAAAGAAGCAAGAAAGGUGUUUGACAAAAUGCCCCAAAGAAAUGUCAUUUCCUGGACUGCUAUGGUCAGAGGGUAUGUUGAGAAGGGAUUGGUUGAGGAGGCGGAAACUCUGUUUUGGCAAAUGCCUGAAAAGAAUGUUGUGUCAUGGACUGUGAUGUUAGGGGGGUUGAUUCAAGAAGGGAGAAUUGAUGAGGCUAGAACGCUUUACGACAUGAUGCCAGUAAAGGAUGUAGUUGCAAGGACUAGUAUGAUAUGUGGGUAUUGUCAGGAAGCCAGGUUGGAAGAGGCUCGCGACCUCUUUGAUGACAUGCCACAAAAGAAUGUCGUUUCUUGGACUGCCAUGGUAUCAGGAUAUGCUCAAAAUGGUAAACUGGAUAUUGCUAGAAAACUAUUUGAAGUCAUGCCUGAUAAGAAUGAGAUCUCAUGGACUGCAAUUGUAAUAAGCAAUGUGCAAUAUGGUAGAUUUGAAGAGGCGUGGAAGCUUUUCGAAGUAAUGCCUGUAAAAACCACUCCUGCUUGUAACGCCAUAAUACUUGGAAUUGGACAGAAUGGGGAGGUUGCUAAAGUAAGGAUGGUGUUUGAUCAUUUAAAGGAGAAGGAUGAUGCAACAUGGAGUGCAAUGAUCAAGGUUUACGAAAGGAAAGGGUAUGAGUUAGAGGCGCUGGAUUUGUUUCAACGAAUGCAAGUAGAAGGAUUUCGGCCAAAUUUCCCUUCCUUGAUAAGCAUGCUUUCAAUUUGUGCUAGUCUUGCAAGUCUUGAUUAUGGUAGAGAGAUACAUGCAAAGUUAAUCAGAACCGACUGUGAUGAUGACGUGUAUGUCUCAUCUGUAUUAAUCACAAUGUACAUUAAAUGCGGUGAUUUCGUCAAGGCAAAAAUAAUAUUUGACAGAUUUUCUCCUAAAGAUGUAGUCAUGUGGAAUUCCAUUAUAACAGGUUAUGCUCAACAUGGUUUAGGAGAUGAAGCUCUAGAAGUGUUCAGAGAAAUGUGUUCUUUAGGUAUUACCCCAGACGAGGUUACCUUUGUUGGAGUUCUAUCUGCAUGCAGCUACACUGGGAAAGUGAAAGAAGGGCAAGGCAUCUUCGAGUCCAUGAAUUCAAAAUAUCAGAUGGAGCCAGCAACUGCACAUUAUGCUUGCAUGGUAGACAUGCUUGGUCGAGCUGGACGGUUGAAUGAGGCAAUGGAUCUGAUCAACAAAAUGACUGUAGAAGCAGAUGCAAUUGUUUGGGGUUCUUUGAUGGGUGCAUGUAGGAUGCAUAUGAACCUAGACUUGGCGGAAGUUGCUGCAAAGAAACUUUUACAGCUUGAACCCCAAAAUUCUGGGCCCUAUGUCCUACUUUCUAAUAUUUAUGCAUCCAAAGGUAAGUGGGCUGAUGUUGCUUCGCUUAGGAAGUCAAUGCAGUCUAGGGAAGUGGUUAAAUCACCGGGUUGUAGUUGGCUUGAGGUAGACAAGAAGGUGCAUAUGUUCACCGGUGGACAGAGCACACCCCAUCCCGAGCAUGAAUUGAUCAUCAAAAUGUUAGAAAAGUUGCUCCCUAUGUUAAGAGAAGCUGGAUAUAGUCCUGAUGGAAGCUUUGCUCUGCAUGACGUGGAUGAAGAAGAGAAGAUGCAUAGCUUGAAUUAUCACAGUGAGAAACUAGCUGUGGCCUAUGGACUUCUGAAAUUGCCUGAAGGUGUGCCUAUACGAGUUAUGAAAAAUCUUCGGGUUUGUGGUGAUUGUCAUUCUGCUAUUAAAUUAAUAUCUAAAGCCACAGGACGAGAGAUAAUUCUGAGAGAUGCCAACAGAUUUCACCAUUUUAAGGAUGGGGUAUGUUCAUGUAGGGAUUAUUGGUGACUGCUUUAUUACUUGUGUGCAUAAUUCAUUACAAACAGCUUUGGUGUUGUGGUAAAUGGUGACUAUGCACUUAUUUAGCAGCCAGCUGUAUGCAUUCGCUUCUAAUAGAUUAUGGAAGAGUAUCAUAAAACCCACUAGUGCGAGCAUUUCAUCUCAAAUUACUGGAGAUAUUGUGUAUGCUGAGUUUGUCGAAUAAGUAUAGAGGAUUGUGUUGUCUACUCAAACAAAGACAUUUGUGAAUAUAAAAGAAUGCAAAGAUUAGGACGGAGCUAAUUUUUUCGGGUUUUGAAAGAUAUAGGGUUGGAUUAUAGACAUUUUGAGCUUAAUAUCUGAUCUAAUGCUAAACAAUGCUCUGCACCAAGCCAGAUCACCCAUUAUUGCAACUUUCAGAACAGGAGUUCCACUAGCUGGAGCUGGUUUCCAGAGCAUGAACCAAGUCAUAGAAUUAGCGUGAACAAACUAGAGCCGGAGACUUAGCGUUUGAACUGUGUUGAGCAGACAUGACUUCUACCUUAACUUUGUCCUUUUCACUAUGCAUCAGCCAGGCUGACGAAUUAAAAUGGCUAAUCUAUCAAAGACAAUCUUGUUUCCGAUCAUGGCAUGGCUUUACUGAGUUGGCAUUGUUGCAGCUAUUCUGAUCUUCAUCAGCCACUUGUAGUACAGAGCCAAACUAGCGGAAGGUUGACAAGAAUUCAAGAGAAGGUGCUUCCCCCUCGAAGCUGAUGGAUAUCCUGUUUAACCCUUCUAAUGGGAUUGCGUACUCUGAGAAAAGAUUCAAACAGUGCCAUUGCUAGGGAACUGUUUUGCCUUUCAGCAGACUAAGCAGCUUUAGGUUUAUAUCAUGUUAUAUCGUCAGUGAAUGCUGAUCAUAUAGUAGAAGACUUGGCUGUGAUAUUAGGUUGCAAGGUGGAAACCCCACCGUUUAUCUUGAACUACAUCUGGGAGCAAAACACAAAGAAUCUGGCACUUGGCAAAGUGUCAUUGACAGAUGUAAAAACAGAUUUGCUCCAAAGAAAGGUACAGCUUCUUUCUUGAAUAAAAUAAAGCCUGACUUUCUAUGGUAAUGAAAUUCUGAGAAGAAAGAAAUGCAUUGAGUCAGAUGGCCCAUAUUGACUAAGACAAAAAGAAAUACUAUGAGGUAUGGGAAUCAAAAAUCUGAAAUGCUCAACAAAAGUUUGUUCCCGAAUAGUGUAGGAGGUACAAUGAGCACGGAUGAAUUGUGGAAGAAUGUGAUAACAGUACAAUACAGCAAAACUGAUAACUGUUGCACUAAACCAGUGACUACUUCAUAUGAGUUGCACCACAGAAACCAAUUAGAGGUUGGACUUUGUAAGGAAAAGAUAACUGAAGGGGCGCAAUGCCAGGAAGAUCAGAUUAUGGCCAGAUAAAUAGCUGAAAGGUCUAUUUUGAAAGAGCUGUUUCCUGACCUUUGCAAUAUAGCCAUCUUCAAGAAUCAUAACAAUCUCCAGAUGCUACACUGGAGAUGGAUGGAAGAAGUUUCAGUCACUGGGUAUAAAAAGGGUAAUUUAAUCCGCUGUUGCAGAAACUGGAAGCAGUAAAUAUGGAGGUGGAACAAGGCCCCAUAGUAUGGACAGGCUGCACUGAAUGCGGAUUCUCAGUUAACUCCUGUUAGAAAAAAUUGCUUCAACAGAAAAGUUGCAGUAACUCACUGUCGGAAGGAAUAUGAUUAGGAAGAGAAGAGUUCCUACAAAAGUUGCAUGCUUUUUAUGGAUUACAACUGAUGGUACCUGUUUGACACAAGAUGACCUACAGAGGAGAGGAUAACAGUUAUGCUGCAGUAAGCUCCAUCAGUCUGUUUUACCAUUUAUUAGCCCUUGAAGUCAUUUUCUCUGUUGCAUGUAUUGGUUUCUCUUUCUUUUCUUUUUUUGGGUGCCUGCUCUAUCUUUUAUUCUGUUAUUCAUGUCUACUAUAAAUCGUUAUGCUCCAUGUCAAUUGAAACUAAUAUUUUGGUCA